ACUGAAAAGUCUAUUCUUAACUUCCUUUUCUUAAUCAUUCUCUGUUUCUGCUGCAUUCAUGCUCUUUCUUGCACCAGAUAAGCUCUUACUACACUGGUGAAAUUCCUUAGGAAUAUGCAUGUUACUGAGUAGUACAUGCAGUCAUGUAAUGCUCUUCAAGACAGGAGAUACAUACAAAUUUUUUUUUUACUUUCAUGAAAUAAAAACAGAUUCUUUGAUUAAAAAGCAUUUUAUAAAUAUGAUGCCUAUUAGAUGGGUGUAAUGAUUUUAUAAAAGUAAGCGUACAAGGUCAUGAAUUAUGCAUGUCUAUAAAAUGUAGUCUACGACAGUUUCUGUUUGGCUAUAUAUAAUCUUUCUUCAUUAUGUUUUCAGGAUGGAACAUGAGGCUACCCAGCUAGAAAAGCAGCAUGUGCACAGGGUGUAUGAAAAUACAGCUGCCUACUUUAAUGAUCUGCAGAGCAAAGCAUGGCCUCGUGUUAGAAACUUUCUGUUGGAGCAAAAGCCUGGCAGUCUCAUUGCUGACAUAGGUUGUGGAACCGGAAAGUAUCUCAGUGUCAACAGUCAGGUGUAUACUCUUGGCUGUGAUUACUGUGGACCGUUGGUAGAAAUUGCAAGGAAGAGAGGUGAUGAAGUUCUGGUAUGUGACAACCUUAACCUUCCCUUUAGGGACCAGUGCUUCAACGCAGUCAUUUCCAUUGGAGUGAUCCAUCAUUUCUCAACUAAACAAAGAAGAAUCAAAGCAAUAAAGGAAAUGGCAAGGGUAUUGAUGCCUGGAGGCCAGAUGAUGGUUUAUGUUUGGGCUAUGGAACAAAAGAAUCGCCGCUUUGAGAAACAAGACGUAUUUGUUCCCUGGAACAAGGCCUUGUGCUCACGGCAUUUUUCAGAAUCAAAUCAAUCUGGAGAUAAGGGUGAGUUUGGGCAUGCUGUGAAAAGCCAAGAUAUACACCCUGCAGAGCUAGUCAUCUCUGAUUGCAGCUACCAAACCACUCUGCAGCCAGAAACUAAUUCAAAACAUUCCCAAAAUAUGGACCAUUGCUUAUCCAGAGCCUGCUGCAUGAAAAUUUCUGAAGAAGAAAAUAGAUUUUACAGUGCUCUAGGAAGAUCUUUACGGUCAUGGUUUUUCUCCAGAUCUCUUGAUGAAUCAGCCAUGAGGAAGCAAACUGAAAAACUGAAGCCUCCGAAGAAUGAAGGAGAAUGGACAAACAGUACCAUGCCCAUUCAGCAUUCACGGCACUGCAGUUUGGACUUAGGUCACCAUGGGGCACUGUUGAAAGAACAAAGUUUAGAUGAUGAUGAUGUGUUUGUGGAAGGCUCGCCUAUCAAAAAGCCACCGUGGUCACCAGCCACAGAUGCACUGAAGGAUUUGAGUUUAAAUGGAGGACACCACAGCGUAGCUCAAAGCAAGAGUGAAGAAGCUGCCUUUAUAAAUGGUUCAGUGGAAGACAGGGACUUCAGCUGCAUUUGUAAUAAAGAUGAUACUGUUAAGUCUACUGCCAGCAAGUUUUUCAAAAGAACUUCAACAACUGAUUCCACUGACUCUGCUUUGGAUUCUGCAGUAUCUGUUGGGGACCAAACUGUUGAUGCAUUGGAUACAAAAGCCUUCAUGCGUUAUUAUCAUGUUUUUCGGGAAGGGGAGCUGUGCUCUCUGAUAGAGGAGAAUGUGCCUGAGCUUCUGAUACUUUCUUCCUGCUAUGACCAUGGAAACUGGUGCAUUAUUGCAGAGAAAAGAGGAAAAUAACUAUACACAGAACAAAACAGAAUUCAAUGACUGAGGAUUUUAAGCUGCUCCUUGUGUUCCUGUGAUUGUGCAAUUUGAUGUGGAACUUGAAUCCCUUGUAGUCACGUGCCAUCCAUUUCCUAUCUAUGUAACUAUCUGAUGCAAGGCUUGUAUAUAGGAAUGUAAGUGGCAAAUGAUAUUUAUGUUUUGUUAAACUUUUAUGAAGUUAAAAAUGGAGAGUUUUAUAUUGCUUUUAGCAAAUAAUUGUGUUUUUAAAUACACUUUUGUAUUGAAAAAUAAAACUUUUUUAUAAGACAAGGAAAGGAUCAGGGCAUCUUUUAUGAGAAAUAGCCUCUUCGUAGGACAUUUAUGCUUUGUUCUUGGAAUGCUUAAAACAUGUCACAUUACUCCCUGUUCUUAAAGUCCUAUAAAUAGAGACAUAGGCACAUUUUAAAACACACUUGACUGUAAACUGCUUGAGUGCAUGCUGCAUAACUGGGAGCAAACAUAGUCCCAGUGCUACUUAGUUUGGAGUAGAGUUGUUAAUGGGCAAAAGCCAUGUACAAAUAAGCUCUUAUUGCAUGUUCUCUUAUUUGUGGAUUGUAUUUUGGAGCAAAUGACAGAAUGGAUUUUGAACAAUAAUUUGGACUUUUGUUUUGAAAACAAUUUAAUUUGCGUAUCAGAUGCAGAUUAAGUUUUGCACGUUAGCUCUCACAAAUACUUUAUCUUAAUUUCCUUUUCUGCAGGUCUUUGCUGGUUAUUUAUAUAUAGGAGUCAGAGGGAUUAGUGAGAGUAGCAGUAUUACGUAAAGGUUACAAAAUAUCAAAUAUUUGAGAUACAUAUAUCUUUUUGAUAAGCCUGGGUAGCUAA